AUGGCAACCGACCACAGCAACGGUCCGCCUGUGGAUGUAACCCACGACGACGGCCCCAACGACCACACGAAUGAACAUACUGGCCAUGCAGAUGCCAGCUGGCAGAAUGGAUCAUCGCAGGCACCCAACCCGACAGCACCAGGCCCCAACGGCUCCUUACCGCCGCCAGCAGGAUAUGCAGACGAACCCACAAACGGCAGCGAAUCGAGAGUUUGCAAAAAGUGUGGCCUGCAAUUGACGGGACAGUUCGUCCGAGCUCUGGAUGGAACAUUUCAUCUGGAUUGCUUCAAGUGCCGAGAUUGCGGCGAGAUCGUGGCAUCCAAGUUCUUCCCCGCGGAAGAUGAAAACGGAGGACAAUAUCCCCUCUGCGAGACUGAUUACUUUCGACGCCUCGGCCUCCUAUGCCACCAAUGUGGUGGGGCCCUUCGCGGGUCGUACAUAACCGCCCUCGACCACAAGUAUCACGUUGAUCAUUUUACUUGCUCACUCUGUGCAACCGUCUUUGGCGCCCAAGACAGCUACUACGAGCAUGAUGGACACGUCUACUGCCACUACCACUACUCAACCCAGUUUGCCCAGCGAUGCAAUGGCUGCCAGACGGCUAUUCUAAAGCAGUUUGUUGAGAUAUUCCGCAAUGGACAGAACCAGCACUGGCACCCCGAAUGUUACAUGAUACACAAAUUCUGGAACGUACGUCUAGCUCAGCCGACGGAGGUGCCCCAGAUUGAAGAGGGCGAUGUGAGCGAUCUCAUCAGGGACCGUAUCCGCGAGGAUGAAGAACGCAUGGAAGACAAGGUUUUCAGAAUAUGGAGUGUUCUAUCAACAUUCGAAGAGUCAUCUGCCGCAUGCAUAUCUGAUAUGCUGCUUCACGUCAGUAACGCCUCGUACGUCGACGGUGUGCUGGUUGCGAAGCGUUUCAUCUGGCACGUUGAGAUUCUUUUCCAAGCUGCAGAUAGGCUAGACGCCGCUGUUUCAAAGCAAAGCGAGAAAGCCAUGUCGUAUGGCCGAGAGGCCAAACUUCUCUGCAAGAAGAUUGUGGCGUUCUUCUCCUUGCUAUCGAAAACGCAGGACAAUGGAUCGCGGCAGCUGGGUGUAACCCAGGAGCUCCUGUCCCUCGUCACCGGCUUGGCCCACUAUCUCAAGCUGCUCAUCCGCAUUUGCCUCCAGGGAGCGCUACGCUUGGAGCGAGACGCGAGCUCUAGCGAUGGCCUUCACCAGUUUCUGGAUAAUUUGAACGACUUUGAGAGCUACAAGGGCGACGAGGGCCUUCUGCAAGUUACCAUGGGCGGCAAGCGGCUUUCGGCCAAGGACUCGGACCACUGCGCGCAGUGUGGCAGGUCGGUGGAGGAUGAGUGUGCCAAGACUGGCGAUAUGAGAUGGCAUAUUGGAUGUGUCAACUGUUCUCGCUGCCAACGGGAGCUUGGUCGUGCCCUGGAAGAAGCUCACUUCAACGCACUGGAACGCAAGAUUUACUGCGUCACAUGUAUAGGAGGCAAAACCGACGGCCUCGCACCCUUUACCCACAUUUCCAAACUUCAACAAUACGUCUUCCUUCUCAAAGUCGCACUGGCAAGACUGCUGGAUAUUCUGAGAAGCAAUGGUGCCAGGCCGAGGCAACCAGGCGAUGCGAACGAUAAAAGCCGUCGUCGCGAGUCGACAUACGAAACAACCCUCAAUGAGGUCCGAAGACUACGCAGCACACGUCUCGACCGACACUUGUCAUCUAGUGUUAGACAAGCUCGGACAUCUCGUGUUAUGGAUGCUGAUGGACGAGGUCCCCGUCCUGCAUCCUCCGGAGGAGAAGACAAAACUCAAGGAUCGACAGACCAGAUGUUUGGGCAAAACGACGCCAUUACAUUGGACGAUAUUUCUCGCAUUGUGGCUGUUGAGCAGUCUCGUGAACAACAACAGCGCCGUGACCGACUACCACCCAGCGAUGUCCUGCGAUCUGGCGCCCCUGACCAAGGCCUCGGCUUAGGCCACUCAAGGACGCAGUCAGUUGGGCCGGAUCUUCAGGCAGCUGACCCUAUGAUGUCUCGAGUUGGCAGGAAAUUCUUCCCCGAACUGUCUGGCCUCGAAUACUUCAAUGUCAGACAUCUUGCCGUCCUGAUUAUGCAUCCUGUGGUCGAGUCAGAAUUCACAUUAGAGGAACUGUUGAGUUUCAUUGAAUCCAGAAAACCAGCCACAUUUUGGAAGAAUUUGGGCAAAGCCUUCAAGAACGACAAAAGCAAAGGCGUCAAAAAGAAGGGCGUCUUUGGUGUGCCUUUGGAGAUUAUCAUUGAGCGAGACGGUGCCGACUCAACGGAUGGCGUGGGUCCUGGCACUCUGCGCAUCCCCGCAGUCGUCGACGACAUUAUCUCGUCUAUGCGCAAGAUGGAUCUCUCCGUUGAAGGCGUGUUCCGUAAGAAUGGCAAUAUCAAGAAGCAGCAAGCAAUGGUUGAUAAGAUCAAUGCGGAAGGCUGCGAUACCGUCAAUUUCAUGGAGCAGCCAGUAAUUCAGCUGGCAGCAGUUCUAAAGAGAUACCUGCGAGAUCUUCCAGACCCUCUCAUGACUAACAAGCUUUACAAGCUUUGGAUCACCGUUGCCAAGAUACAAGACCCGGCUCGAAAGCUGCAGUGUCUGCACAUGGCUAUGUGUCUCCUUCCCAAGAGUCAUCGCGAUUGUUUGGAAAUUCUUCUCACAUUCCUCAAAUGGGCGGGCACUUUCCACCAACUAGAUGAGGAGGUUGGGUCCAAGAUGGACGUAAGAAAUCUGGCAACCGUUAUUGCACCCAAUAUUUUGAUGAACCCUGCCAAAACACUUGCCAUGGAUAGCGAGACUAUCUAUGUGAUUGACGCAGUGGAGAUUCUUAUUGACAAUAUUGAAGAGAUGUGCCAGGUUCCGGACGAGAUUCUUACGCUGCUCAACGACCCCUAUCUUUUCAGCAACAAUGGUGAAAUCUCAACCAAAGAGAUCAUGAAACGCUACCAAGAUAUCAGAGGACAAGCCCCUGCCGAGCCGAGCGAGGUCUACAAUCGGCAAGAGAGCUCGACCCGUUCGCCACCGAAGCGAGGCGAAACGGAUCCGUCCGUCUGGCAGGGCGAGAGAUCAGUCCGGCCGAUGCAGGACAACCCCCCUCCACCAAAUUCCACUACGCCGGUGCCACCGCCGCGGUUCAGGCCCCCAGAAGACCAGCCCUCUCCCUAUGAUGCCAAUCAAAUUGAUCAUCCCAAUCCCCAUGGGGAGAACCCUGAUCACAAUCAGCGGACAGAGUGGCGGAAUUCUGGCGUUUGGGGCCGCCAAGGCGGUGGGGUAGGUGUUGGCGAGCCUUUUUGA